GGAGGCGCCCUCCCAGUCAUCCUGUCAGCCUGUCUACUCGAAACAUGUCCUUCCUGAAAGUGGGAGCACAUUCCGAUUUUCCGAUCCAGAACCUCCCGUUCGGUGUGUUUUCCACUCCGGAUAACCCAACCCAUAGAAUCGGUGUUGCUAUUGGAGACCAGAUCUUAGAUCUCAAUGUUGUUAAACAUUUCUUCACUGGCUCAGCUCUCUCUAAACAUCAACAUGUCUUCAGCCAGCCGACCCUUAACUCUUUCAUGGCUCUUGGCCAUGAAGCCUGGAGGGAAGCUCGAGCUUUUCUGCAGCAGCUCCUGUCGGCUGGUGAAGCAACACUGCGGGAUAACAAAGAACUGAGGCAAAGAGCAUUUGUACCCCAGGCUUCAGCCACCAUGCAUCUCCCUGCGCAGAUCGGGGAUUACACAGAUUUUUAUUCAUCCCUUCAUCAUGCAACAAAUGUUGGAAUCAUGUUUCGAGGAAAGGACAAUGCUCUCAUGCCUAACUGGUUGCACUUACCUGUUGCUUACAAUGGCCGUGCGUCAUCUGUCGUUGUGUCUGGGACCCCCAUCAGAAGGCCCAUGGGACAGACAAACUCAGAUGAAGCGAAACCGCCUGUGUUUGGACCCAGCAAACUUCUAGACUUUGAGCUGGAAAUGGCUUUUUUUGUGGCACCAGGCACCAAGUUAGGAGAGAGAAUCGAUAUAUCCCGGGCGCACGAACAUAUCUUUGGGAUGGUUCUUAUGAAUGACUGGAGUGCUCGUGAUAUUCAGAAAUGGGAAUAUGUUCCACUGGGACCAUUCCUAGGGAAGAGUUUUGGAACGACAAUUUCACCUUGGGUUGUAUCGAUGGAAGCUCUGUCGCCAUUCAUUGUGGCCAAUCCUAUCCAGAAUCCCAAGCCCCUGCCGUAUCUGUGCAGUGAUGACCCGUACACUUUCGACAUCAACCUUUCUGUUUCUAUUAAAGGUGAGGCAAUGACUGAAAAGGCGACAAUCUGUCGGUCCAACUUCAAGCAUAUGUACUGGACCAUGAAGCAACAGUUAGCUCACCACACUGUUAAUGGGUGCAAUGUGAGACCUGGAGAUUUGCUGGCUUCUGGAACGAUCAGUGGCCCUACCCCAGAGAGUUUUGGCUCAAUGUUGGAGUUGUCAUGGAAGGGAACAAAAGUUAUCGACCUUGGGAAUGAGAAUACCCGCAAAUUCCUUCAGGAUGGUGAUGAAGUUACCUUGACUGGUUAUUGCCAGGGCAAUGGCUAUCGAAUUGGCUUUGGGGAAUGUACCGGAAAAGUGCUUCCAGCGAAUUUGUAAUGCACUGAGUAUGUUCUGGAUGGGAAAUACAGAAUGUCAUCAUAUUUCUCCUGCUUUAACCAUUUAGUGGAACUGAUUGCAAUCAAAUAUUCCCCUCAUCCCAUCUCCAAUUAGAAAUUUUACACUAAUCAGUGGAGGACUUCCAAGUUCGUUCACAACUUAAUUCUUGUCACUAUUGCAUUUAAUAAUACAAAGCACAAAGGGAAGUCCAGCACAGGAAGAGGCCUUUCAGCCCUCCUAGACUGUGCUGAUCAUCAUGCCCUAACUAAACUAAAAGACAAACCUUUUGCCCUUAUUCAGUCCAUAUCCCU